AUGAGUGCUGAGAAUUUUGACGAGGAAAAUUUAAGUUCAGCCAAAAACGGUGGUUUUUGGAAACUGGGAUCCUCCCUAGAUGGCGCACGGCGGUUCAGCAUUUUUAAAAAGAAAAGAGCGUUGACAAGGUCCGACAGGAAAGGUCGGAGGGGGCUAUGGAAUUUGAAUCGUUUUACUGCAAAGAUUGAAAUCAAUCCUAUUGGGCUUGAUUCAAAUUUACUGCUUGAAGGCAAAAAUCUGAGUGCUUCGACCACCGAGUUGAACUUCACUGAGAAAUCACAAAAGAAAAAUCAAAGGCCAUUAACUUUCUGGCAUUUUUACUGCUAUUUCGCUACUUUUGCGGUACCGUCGCGGCUGUUGAUUUACUUUGGUAUGAAGAAAGCAGAGAGAAGAAUGGCAUGGAGGGAGAAGGUCGCAUUGCUGACAAUUAUAUUAUAUCUUGGUUUAUUUGUCUCAUUUUUGACGUUUCAGCUAACGAGGACACUGUGCAACGAAAGUAGGGUGUACAUGAAACCAGAAAAUAUUGAUGGCCAAUAUCUGAUUGUUGGGGGAAAUAUUUUUAACUUUCAAGGGACACAAGAUACUGAGAUAUCGAUUGAUCUACAAAAUAAUACAUUUCUGGGACCUUUUAAUGCCUCUGGCAAAGAUGCAUCCUUCCUCUUUCAAAAUGUUAAUGGCCACUGCCUCAAUGUAAUAACUCCAAGUAAGGAUAGCAAGAUUCCACACGAUUCAGAAGGUAAUAUGGAACGCUAUUUCCCAUACGUCAUGACCAAAGAUGGUGUAUUAGAAGAGAAUAAAUGGAACCACACACACCUGGAGGCCCAAAGGAAUGAUUAUUAUUCCCUGAGAAGCGUGGCAACGGUUUUUUUUACCUGGGAGGAGAUAAGAAACUCGAAAAGAAACUUAAUCGUGUAUAACGGUGCCGUCCUCGACCUCGAUUUAAUAAAAUGGCUACAGAAUGAUCAAAUAAGCACACCUUUAAUUUUUGAUGAUAUGUUGAGGCUACCCUUAGAAGGUUACGAUUUGUCAGUGGUUUUCACCAGCCCGAGAGAUAAAAGAAUUGCUAUGUGUCUAACUGAGAUUAUACAAGUCGGAGUUAUUGAUUCCCAAACCAUUGGGUGCAUCACUUCUACAGUCGUGCUAUAUUUGUCUUUGAUAUUCAUCCUGGCUGUGGUUUUCACAAAAUUUUUCGUCGCGUGCUAUUUCCGCUGGAUUGUUGCAAUGAGGCAAGGUGCCUUUACCAUUCAUAAUAAAGAAUGGGUGAAGCACUGUAGAGAUGUAGAGCAAUGGUCAAAAAAUAUUGACAUAAAUGCACCUUUGAAAAAAGUGGAUCCCCCUCUUCGACCCAUAAUACCUUCCAGAUUUGGCCUCAGUUUCAAUAAACGAAUUGACUUGGGCUCAGCUGGUAUUGAAAGAACACCAGGGCAACUGAAAAAAAAGAUUAGCAGAAGUAACUGGGACAGCAAAAGCGUAAGCUUCAAUGAAAUGACAACAAUGACCCUCCAAAAGGAACAUCAGAGGUUACAAUAUAAGGACAAGGUAAAGUUUGGAAAAAUGAUAAACCAAAAGAGUGGCACCUCAAUGCCAAGUCCUAGUGUGAUGUUGGGAAAGACGCUGUCCCCUCAAAUUAUUCACUCGAGCGCUGUCAAACAGCCGCCUGUGGAAUAUAUGCCCUUUGGUAUUCCAUUAAUACAUACAAUUUGUUUUGUGACAUGCUAUUCGGAGGAUGAACGUGGUCUUAGAAUUACACUUGACUCCCUCGCAACUACAGACUACCCUAGUUCACACAAGUUACUGAUGGUAGUGUGCGACGGGUUGAUAAAGGGUUCUGAAAAUUCUUCAUUUACUUCUGACCUUGUAAUUGGGAUGAUGGAAGAUUUUGUAAUUUUACCUGAGGACGUUUUGCCUUACUCUUAUAUUUCGGUUGCGUCUGGAUGGAAGAGGCAUAAUAUGGCAAAAGUGUAUGCCGGCUUUUACAAGUAUGAUGAGACAACCGUAGGCCGUGAGAAUCAACAAAGAGUUCCGAUGAUCAUAAUUGUUAAAUGUGGUACGGAAACUGAACGGCUUGGAUCAAAACCCGGUAACAGAGGUAAAAGGGAUUCUCAAGUAAUAUUAAUGUCAUUUUUGCAAAAAGUGACAUUUGAUGAAAGGAUGACAGAACUGGAAUAUCAUAUAUUGAAGAGUAUAUGGCAGGUUACAGGUCUUAUGGCAGAACUUUACGAAGCUGUUUUGAUGGUGGAUGCCGACACGAAAAUAUUCCCGGAUUCGUUGACACACAUGGUUGCUGAACUUGUAAAGGAUCCAGAAAUUAUGGGGUUAUGUGGGGAAACGAAGAUUGCCAACAAGAAAGAGUCAUGGGUCACUGCAAUUCAGGUAUUUGAAUACUACAUCUCUCAUCAUCAGGUUAAGGCUUUUGAAUCUGUGUUCAAUUCUGUUACUUGUUUGCCUGGAUGUUUCUCUAUUUAUCGAAUUAAAUCACCAAAGGGGCAUACAGGGUACUGGGUUCCUAUUUUAGCCAACCCUGAUAUCAUUGAAAAAUAUUCUGAUAACGAUAUUAGGAGUUUACACAAGAAAAAUCUUCUCUUGCUGGGCGAAGAUAGAUAUCUGAGUUUUUUGAUGUUGAAAAUGUUCCCCAAGAGAAAGCAAAUAUUUGUCCCGAAGGCGGUUUGUAAAACAACAGUUCCAUCCGAGUUCAAGGUAUUACUAUCGCAGAGGCGCCGUUGGAUAAACUCCACUGUCCAUAACCUUUUAGAGUUGGUUCUGGUUAGAGACCUCUGUGGUACCUUUUGUUUUUCAAUGAGAUUCGUUAUUGCAAUUGAACUACUUGGAACCCUUAUUUUGCCUUCGGCCAUUUGUUUUACCAUUUACGUGAUUCUCUUUUCCAUCUUCAGUAGCCCCACACCAAUUGUUACUUUGAUUUUAUUGGGGAUAAUUUUGGGACUGCCGGGCGUCUUGGUUGUUAUCACGUCAACGAAAUGGUCAUAUGUGGUCUGGAUGUUGGUAUACCUGCUUGCACUGCCAAUGUGGAAUUUUGUCUUGCCCACAUACGCGUUCUGGAAGUUUGAUGAUUUUUCUUGGGGUGACACCAGGCUGAUUUUCCGCGAAGAAAACAAAACUCCACACCACGAAUCUGAAGGGACUUUUGAUUUUUCCAAAUUGUUUUUAAAACCAUGGACAGUGUUUGAAGAAGAAGAGGUUUUAGCCUGUUCAGUUCCAUAA